AUGCAAGAGCUGCAGACAAUGACAUCGGUUUAUGAGAAAACGAACAGCGCUAGCUUCAAAAAUGCCUACACCUUGCUUCUGCGAGAAAUCCAGAGGGUUUGGGCUCUCGAAUUAUCACCGGAUUCUUCUUCAACGUCUCCAUCUCAGCGAAAUUCCGAAACAGCUUUAUUUUGGACUGAUAUCCCUGGUUCGCCAGUUUUUCGUCUAAGAGAUUCUGGAGACAUUCGCACACCUUCUCCUCGCGCCUACAUUCCACCAAAAUCUCCUCCGGCAAAUUCUUCGACGCUUGAUGAGAAGUAUGAGGCGACAGCGAAGGUAUUCUUCCCAGAAGAAGAUGAGAAGAAUUCGAAUCUUGUCGGACGAAUCAUCGGACCACGUGGAAUGACGAUUCGACAAUUGGAAAAGGAUUUCAACUGCAGUCUUUUCAUUAGGGGAAAAGGAUGUAUGAGGGACGAUGAUAAGGAAAAGAAACUGCGCGGUCGACCGGGAUGGUCCCAUCUCGAAGAAAACCUUCAUGUCUUGAUAACAGCUCGAGGCGCCACUCAGCAAGCCGCUGAUGAGAAGAUACAACCAGCGAGAGAGCGCAUUGAGCAACUUCUCCGAAACCCGAAUGAUACGAUCAAGAAGAAUCAGCUCGUACAGCUCGCAGUUAUUGAAGGAACAUUGCGCGAAUGA